AUGACCUCGUGCCUUACAGCUGAGUCAAUUCCGCCUCCAAAGAAUGUUCAUCUUCGCCAAGUUGGGAACAAUGGAGCUAAUCUUACAUGGAAUGAAGUAACCUCCCCUAGGGUUGAUGUGAUUGGAUAUAUGGUUUACUUCCAAGACGGAGAAAUUGUGAAAGUGCAUAUUUAUUCUCUCUCUCUCCCUCCCUCUACAGAAAAAAUUCCACCACCACGAAAUGUUCAAUUUCUGCAAGUUGGAGACAAGUUGGCACGCCUUUCAUGGAAUGAAGUGACCUAUCCAGGAGUAACUGUGCUUGGAUAUUUCGUUUUUUACAAAGACGGUAACUUGGAAUGGAAACGUCAUAGAUCAAAAGCUUGUGAAGUUUUUCUUCCAUUUGAGAAGGAAAUGUUAGAGGCACAAGUAGCCGCCUUUCAUGGUCACAGGAACAAAGUUCUAGGAGAAAGGUCAAACUCGACUAGUAUUCAAAAGGAUCACCAACACGCACAUGUUCCUUUUCAGAGACAAGCUCCAGCAAUGUGUAAAUUAUACUUUUUGACAUUCCGGCGGGAAGUACGCGUUUACAACUCCACAAUUGCUACAUUAGUUCUGACAAUAGCUUAUUUUCCUCUCAAAACUCCUGUUCCAGACGCCGAGACUCAAUUGUUUUGGAAAAAGUGUAAAGCAAAUUUAGAAUUCUCUCGAGAUCAGCAUUUGAAGGAACUUGAAAUAAAUUCAAAUUGGCAUUGCCAACCUCGUGUUUUCUCCCUCCUUGUAGAACAAGUUCCGCGUCCAGACUAUAUCAAAUUGAUGCAAGUUGGAGACAAUCUGGCACGCAUUUCAUGGAAAGAAGUGACCUAUCCAGGAGUAACUGUGCUUGGAUAUCUCGUUGUUUACAAAGACGGUAACUCGGAAAGGAAAGGCCGAAGAUCAACAACUUGUGAAGUUGUUCUUCCAUUUAAGAGUGAAGUGUUAGUGGUACAAGUAUCCGCUUUUCAUACAAGCCUCAAUGACCAAGGUAGCGAAAUUCUAGGACAAAUAUCAAAUGUGUUUGGUAUUGUAAAGAUCAGGCGAAGUAAGUUCUUGAAUUUAAUAUUGGAAAAUAUUAUUUAA